AAAAAAAGAGGCAAUAACAAAACAAGACAUAAAGAACCGCACCAAUUAUAAACAAAUUUGGUUGUUAAAAAUAACUCUGUGAUAUAUCUUUGUUUCAUUUUUUUCGUCAAAAUAGGUUUAUUAUUAUGGAUGUAUCGGACAGCAGCAAUGAUGCUACUUACGGGAGGUCCAAUUACGAGCCACAUGAAAGCAGGAUGAUGCGCAAAAAGUCUGAUCGAUUUGAUUUAAAAAAUAACAAAUUUAUGGAGAACUUUAAUCCUGAGCAAAGUAACAGAGAACGACGAAAGUUAAACAGGAAGAUCAACUAUGAAGGGAGGCGAAAUGUGGUGUACACUGACCGAGGCAUUCACAUAGAAUCUGGUAAAGAUCUCUGUGAUUGUCUGGAUGAAUCAUGUCCUGGCUGCCAUUUUGCAUGUCCCAAAUGCCAAUCCAAGAAAUGUGGACAUGAAUGCAGAUCACACCGCAAAUGGAUGUAUGAUCUAAUUGAAAUAGAAGGUACAAGAGAGGUAGUCAAAAAUAAAUUCUCCAAAUAAUCAUUGAACUGUACACUUGAGGAUAACUUUCCUAUUCAUAAGGCCUCAGCAUGAAAUAUGAGCAAAUACCUCAACAUUUUCUCAAAAUUGAUGCUCUGGAAUGACAUAAAUAUUUGAUGCACGGCUAUUGUUAAAAAUUUAAAUUUUAUUGAUAUAGGUUGUAGCUAAUUUACAAUGUAUUACCACCGACAUGACAACUUAUUUAACUUGCAUUACAAGUUUUUGCUUUGAGGUGAGACCUACUCAAUGAACAUGUCUAGAUGUAUGGUGACUCACUCAUUAAACAAAUGUGAUCCACUGAAUUACUCUGAGUUAAUCAAGUAUUGUUUUUCUGCUUGAUUUGUGAGUUAGAAAUAAUUUAGGAUCUGUAAUUUUUUAUACCUGAAUUCAAAUGUGAUGUUAUAAAUUAGUAAAAAUACUCAAAAUUACAA